UAAAUGAAACGUAUCAAGGAUACCCUGUUGUAUCUCUUAACAAAGGCACUGUCAUAAAAUUAAAUUCUUUGGGUAUUUAUGAUCAUAAUUUUCGUAACAAGAGAAGAUGUGGAAUUGAUCAAAAUUCUAGUUAUCCAAGUUCAUAUGGAUUUUUGGUCAAUAGCGAUUUAGGCUCGUGA